CAAAAUAUUGGGAGUAGUCGACCCGGCUGGGGUUUAACUUAGGGCUUCUCUUCCACAAUUUCCUAGCAGCGGGACAUCGGCAGCGUUGAUCUUCUCGGCUGACGUCUGUGUGCCGGGAAGAUGGUGAAGGUGAGAGUGAUAUCGCGUUCGACGGAUGAGUUCACCCGAGAACGCAGUCAGGACCUUCAGAGGGUAUUCCGGAACUUUGAUCCCAGCCUUCGACCGCAAGAGAAUGCAACUGAGUAUGUUCGUGCUUUGACCGCCGCUAAAUUGGACAAGAUUUUUGCAAAGCCAUUUGUUGGGGCAAUGGACGGGCAUAUAGAUGCAAUUUCUGCCAUGGCUAAGAAUCCAAAUCACUUGAAAGGAAUAUUUUCGGGUUCAAUGGAUGGAGAUAUUCGCCUUUGGGAUUUAGCUAACAGGAGAACUGUAUGCCAGUUUUCUGGUCACAAAGGUGCAGUGCAUGGUUUGGCAUCAUCUACAGAUGGACGUGUUCUUGUGUCAUGUGGAACUGAUUGCACUGUGAGGCUCUGGAGAGUUCCUGUUUCUACUCUACUACUGGAACCAGAAGAUGCAACAGACAACUCUGCCAAGUCAUUAGCAGUUUAUGUCUGGAAAACUGCUUUCCGGGCUGUUGACCACCAGUGGGAUGGCAACCUUUUUGCAACAGCUGGUGCCCAAGUAGAUAUAUGGGACCACAACAGGUCACAGCCGGUGAACAGUUUUACAUGGGGAGUUGAUACUGCUGUAUCAGUUCGUUUUAACCCUGGUGAACCUGACAUUUUGGCAGCUUCGGCUAGUGAUAGAAGCAUAACUAUAUAUGAUUUACGAAUGUCAUCACCUGCAAGAAAGAUCAUUAUGAGUACCCGAACUAACUCAAUAGCUUGGAAUCCCAUGGAACCAAUGAAUUUCACUGCUGCAAAUGAGGAUAGUUGUUGCUACAGCUAUGAUGCUAGAAAACUAGGAGAAGCCAAAUGUGUUCACAAGGAUCAUCUCUCUGCAGUGAUGGAUAUAGAUUACUCACCAACUGGUCGUGAAUUUGUUACAGGAUCUUAUGACAGAACAGUGAGAAUAUUCCCGUAUAAUGGUGGUCACAGCAGAGAAAUUUAUCAUACAAAGAGAAUGCAAAGGGUGUUCUGUGUAAAGUUCAGUUGUGAUGCUAGUUAUGUCAUCUCAGGAAGUGAUGAUACCAAUGUUCGGUUGUGGAAAGCUAUAGCAUCCGAGCAAAUGGGAGUUCUUUUGCCCAGAGAACGUAAAAAACACGAUUAUCUAGCGGCUGUCAAGAAGCGUUACAAACAUCUUCCUGAGAUCAAGCGUAUUGACAGACACCGGCACUUGCCCAAACCAAUAUACAAGGCUGCUCGUCUGAGACGAGAGAUGAUGGAGUCAAGGAGGAGGAAGGAAGAUAAUGUGAGAGCCCAUAGUGCUCCUGGUAGAAUGCCGAAGCAGUCCGUGCGUAAAAUGAGAAUCAUUCAAGAAGUUGAAUAAUCACAAGCUUCUUCCACCACCAUCAUUGGUGUCGACAUGACCACCACCACCACCACUAGCAUCAUCAUCAUCAUCAUCAUCAUCGUUCUUCUCUCCUUCUCAAUGAUAUACCCCCCCUCCCUCACCCCCCCCUUUUCAACCGACUUCAUCUUCAUCAUCUCAUCUCUUCUCAUUGACUCCCUCCCUCUUCCUUCAUCAUCGUCAUCAUCAUCAUCAUCUGCAAUGCCCGUGUUGUUUCCAUGUUUUUGUUCAUUUGUGUGUAGACUGUAGACACGUAAUGGUGAUCCAAUGUGUUGUGGUUUGAUUUUUUUAGAUGUUUUGGUUUGAUUCAUCGGUAUUGUUACUACACUCAUAAGUUUAAGUGUUUGAUUUAAAAUAUACAUUGACGCUUUUA